UUCAAUUGGUAUCACUUGCAACUGUGACAAUCAACCAACAAUGUUCAAACUUUUUAUUUUCGCUUGCUUCCUCGCCCUCGCCGCGGCUUCGCCCAAGCCCGGUGUGCUGGUUGGAGGAUAUGCGGCGCCCAUAGCCGCUGCCUAUACUGCACCGGUAGCCGCUGCCUACACCGCACCCGUUGCCGCCGCCUACACCGCUCCCGUCGCCUACUCUGCCUACAGCGCGCCUCUCGCUGCCUACUCUGCCUACGGCUACGCUGCCCCUUACUCUUACUUCCUCCGUCGUUAAUUCUUAUUUUAUCGGAAAAUUAUGAAAAAUAAAUUAGGGUAAAUCCACAUAAAAA